UGCAAAUGCUUCAGAGAAAUGAAAAGGACUUUAUUUUUGGAGAAAAGGAAAAAAAAAAGAAUUGUUGAAAGGCAAAGAAAGAAGGCGAAACGUUUAGCUGCUCGAGAAGCUGGAAUCGAAUUACCGCAUAGGCGAGGACGUCGUAGGUUGAUGGUUGAUUCUCAUUGUCUCCAAUCUGUGGCAAUAGAUAUGUCGUUCGAAAAAUUGAUGUCUUCUAAAGAUAUGCAACGAAUAUUUGUUCAGUUAUCUCAUUGCUAUGCCGUUAAUCGACGUGCUGAAAAUCCUCUUCAACUCAGUUUUGUUCAUUUUACUGGAAUACCACUGCAAAUCUUCACAAGUAAUAGUUCUAAUGAAAAUUGGGAUGUGAAAAUUGACGAACGCCCUUUAUGUGAAGUUUUUAGUAAAGAAAGAAUUGUUUAUUUGACAGCGGAUUCAGAUAAUAUAUUAGAAACAUUGGAUAUAAAUAAAGUAUAUGUGAUUGGUGGUUUAAUUGAUCAUAAUGCUCAUAAAGGUUAUUGCCUUAAAUAUGCGAAUGAACUAGGUGUAGGCCAUGCUCGCCUACCUAUCGAUGAAUAUAUUAAAGUUAAAACUAGAAAGGUGCUGACUAUCAAUCAAGUUUUCGAAAUACUUCUACGAUAUACAGAAAACAAUUGUUGGAAAGAAUCAUUUCUUCAUGUAAUUCCAAAGCGAAAGGGUAUUGAAGGCAUUGAAGAAGAUAUUAGCUCAAAUGGCGAUCUCGAAAAUAAUGGCAGCGCUGAACUUGAUGAAUGUCGAACCAAUAUAGAUAAGAAAGAGAUAAGCAGCGAAGAGUCUUCUAGUUUCGCGGUUGAUAUUGAAAUUGAGAAAAGGAUCACAGAGAUAUCAAAUGGAAAUAAUAUUAAUAAUUACAAUUAA